GCGUCGCCGCCAACUAACCCUGCCCCCCAGGCAGCUUCCGGCGUCCUUCAGUUUCAGUCCGCGGGCGCACAAGCAGCAGCCCGGCCCUGGGGCGUUGGGUGGGCGCGGUGGCCGGUUUUAGGGUUGCCAAUUCCUGGAGCUUUCAUCACAUGACAACCCUCAAUGACAGAUUAAUCUUUAGUUCCUGGCGACUCCAGGACAAUCAUGGUGGGUUGGCAACCCUAGACCCCGGCCAAGCGCCGACAGAGCCAGAUUUUGGGAGCCUGGUUAUGGAUGAAACUCCUACUUGGAGACCUGGAUCCUUGACAGGGAACUCUGAGCUGUGUUUUUCCUUUGGAGUCAUAGCAGAUAUUCAGUAUGCUGAUCUAGAGGAUGGUUAUAAUUUCUGGGGGUCCCGGAGGAGAUACUACAGACACAGCCUUAACCUUCUUCAGAGCGCAGUUGAUGAGUGGAAUAAGGAAAACAGUCAACUUGAGUUUGUACUACAGCUUGGCGAUAUUAUUGAUGGUUUUAAUGCCCAACAUAAAAAAUCAGAAAGUGCUCUGAGAAGAGUUAUGAACAAGCUUAAAAAGCUUAGAAUCCCAAUCCAUCACACAUGGGGAAAUCAUGAAUUGUACAACUUUACUAGAGACUAUUUAACACAAUCUGAACUUAACAGCAAGUCUUUAGAAGACCAGAUCUUCCUUGGCUCUGCUGCCAGUGGCCAGGACUCUCCUGGAGCCACUGCUGAAGAACAUUACUAUGCUUAUCAUUUUAGCCCAGUCCCAAAAUUUCGGUUCAUUUUACUUGAUGCUUAUGACUUAAGUAUCCUUGGGAGGGAUAAAUCCACCCAAAAAUAUCAGGAUUCUUUGAAGCUGCUGAAGGAGAAAAACCCAAAUGAGAAUCUGAAUAGUCCCACAGGACUUGCUGAACCACAAUUUGUAGAGUUCAAUGGAGGAUUUAGCCAAGCACAGCUGGAUUGGUUCAAUGAGGUUCUUACAUUCUCUGACACUAAUCAAGAGAAAGUCGUGGUUGUGAGUCACAUUCCAGUUCAUCCAGGUUCUACAGAGAGUGUUUGCCUUGCUUGGAAUUAUAAAGAUGCCCUUUCUGUCAUCCAUUCCCAUCAGUGUGUGGUGUGCUUUCUCGCAGGCCACCUCCAUGAUGGUGGUUAUUAUUUAGAUUCUCAUGGAGUCCACCAUCUUACUUUGGAAGGGAUUGUUGAAACUCCACCAGAGAGCCAUGCCUUUGGAACGAUGCAUGUCUAUGAUGAUAAACUGGUAUUAAAGGGAAGAGGUAGAAUUCCAGACAAAGUAAUGUAUUAUACAGGAUAGUUGUAAAUACAAUUGUGCAUGAUCCAGACAGUGCUCCAGAAAUUAGUUAGUUUAAUAAAUAACAGCUGACCAUUGCA